ACAGCUGUCAUAUCAGUCCAGUUAACUUGACAUUUCAUCGAUUGGUUUGGUUUUUCUUUACGGAGCGAAGAACUAAAAAUUGUUUAUUUUAUUGUUCAUUAUAACAAUAGUUUUCCUGCAAUCGUAAUAUAGAAUAUACUUCCAUUAUGGAUAUCCUAAUAACGCUCUUCUACUUGCUGUUCUCGAUUUGUGUUAUUUACCCGCCCACGGAAUUCGUGGCAGCCGGGUUCACCAUCGCGCAGUUGUUCGAAAAUUACUUGGGGUCAGAAAAUGUUAAUUUUAUUGGAUACCACAUGAAGAGGAUUACGAUAACUGCUCUGAUUCACACGAUGCUACCUCUGGGAUAUGUUUUUGCGUUAUGGUGCGGAGGCGAGAGAGGGCCUUGGAUGUUAUCAGCGGCAGCGGCCACGGCGAUCAUACCGCUGUUGAUGUGCUACGAGUUGUUGUGUUGGUGGGAGUACGACCGCAGGAAGCACCCGGCCGUGAAGGCUCUGCUUUGCUACACUCAGCCCGGUCAGGAUUGGAGGAUUACUGCUGCUGACAUCAAUAUUGAAUUUAGAAGUGUGGACAAGGUGUCCAUAGCCCUGACAGCAACAAGCAAGUUUGUGGCCACCGAGAACUGGUUGAUCAAAGUGUCGCAGUACAGCGUCAACAUUGUGAAACAGGGUGACUGCGCUUUAGUGGCCACAGCUACAGACAGCCAUAACCUAACACCAACUGGUGAAGACGAAAUCCAAUACAUAAACAUAGAAGUGAUCCCCUCGCGGGAUGAUGUAAAGCGGUUCACAUUCCGCAUCUCCACAGCAGCAUUGAGGGACUUGCAGCCAAGGCUGGUGAAUCCGGUGCGAGUGCCGGAGCAUAUCUCACUGUUGCCAACCUUGAUCGAAAGAUUUGUCAAUGUCUUCAAGCAACAUAUCGAGCAGAAUCCUGUGUAUUAUGUUGAUCAGGAGUUGGAACUGUGUAUCGGCUGCAUGCAGUCCACGGCGGACGUGAAGAUAUCCCGUCGUUGUCUGCCGCCGCCGCAACACUUACAGGGCGGCCCGCCGCAGUGUCAGCAGUGUAAUUGCAGCAAGAGUGUGAAUAAUGAGACCUGGCUCAUAUCGACGCUGGAACACGUGAUACAGAAGAAGAUGGCGGAUGAAAAUCACCUGAAGAUGUUGGAUAAACACCUGGAUGAACUGGGAAUGGCCCUGCCUGAUGCCCUGAUAAAGUACUCCCCGGAGUGCCAGGACAUUGUGACCUCGUGCCGUUGGCAGAACCAUAUGUUGCCGUGCCGUAGACUGUUCCGCAAACAGUUCACCGACUGGGGCCUCUGCUGUGUCUUGGAUCCUGUCAGAUUACAGAAGAAACAUACACGGCGAUUGUUUGACCACCUGGAGACGACAAGACGGUUAGACAUAGGUUUAACGUGCCGUAAUGCAAGUACCGAUAUUCAUGGAUGUGAGCUCCUCACCGUUUACAAUGGGGACGUGAAUAUUGUUCCCCAAGUACUGCAGCAAGGCUCUAGCUACUGGUUCAGGAUGACCUUCACCGUGACCUUAGACAACGGCGGCAGUCUGCUCGACAUGAACCGUGGUUGUGAAUCUGAAAAUCGCUAUUCCAAGCUGGUUUGCAUGGCCAAAUGUCUGAAACAGACAUGUGGCUGUUCAGAUCCACUUAAGACGGUGUCAGGCGAAGAGGAACAAUUACCAUACUGCCGAAUUUCUCAACUCAAUUGCUUGAGGUCUACCAAAACUUUUGAAAAUUCUUCAUGCCUGUGUCUACCAUCUUGUUCAAAAAUUUCAGUAGACACUUCGAUGGAAACUAACAAUAUUUUAAUGGACUACAAUUUUGAUCCGCUUUACAGCGGUCUGAAUUCGUCAAUAUCCAACGUAGUGUAUAUAGAAGUUCGUCUGCAAGAAUCCAAAGUAUUCUUCCUCUUGCCCACGGAAACUUGGCUUACUUUACUAUCAUCUUUCGGUGGAGUUUUCAAUAUGUUUCUAGGAGUCGGUCUGUUUAGCGCCCUUGAAUUUCUGUUUCUUAUCAUUAAGCUUUUACUGGCCUUGAGAAAGUCUGCCGAGAUACAUAUUCCUGAAACCCACUACCAUUGAAAUAAAUCUAUAGAUACUAAGUUUUGUGUAUUUUAA